GUCCGGUCACAGCCCUGCCGGAGGAAGGCUGAGCUUUUAAAGGACACUCUGCUGCAGUGCAGUCACUUCAGCUGAACCGUCCAGAGAAACCGAGACACUGUGGACAGUCCAGCAACCAUGGGCUACUUCUGGCUCUUCUCUGCUGAAACCUGGGCUCUCCUGAUGCUGUUAAUAAGCCUUUUGGUUCUGUAUGGAUAUUGGCCCUACAGUUUCUUCAAAAAGUUAGGAAUUCCUGGACCCAAACCUCUCCCCCUGUUUGGAAACAUGUUUGAGAACAGCAAGGGUUUCCAUGCGUUUGAUAUGGAGUGUUUUGAGAAGUAUGGCAGGAUUUGGGGGAUAUAUGAUGUACGAGAGCCUCUACUUUGUGUUACGGACAGAACCAUCAUUAAAUCAGUGGUCGUUAAAGAAUGUUUCUCGCUCUUCACCAACAGACGGAGUUUCGGUCUAUUUGGUGAACUGUACGACACCCUGUUUCUGACCAAAGACGAGGACUGGAAGAGAAUCCGGAGUGCUCUGACUCCCUUUUUCACCAGAGCACGACUGAAGGAGACAUUUGGCAUCAUGAAGACACAUUCAGAAACCUUAAUUAGAAACCUGGAGAGAGCAGUGAAGCAAAAGAGCGGAAUAGACGUUAAAGACUUUGUUGGAGCGUACACUAUGGAUGUGAUAACCGGCUCAGCCUUCAGCAUUGACAUUGAUUCUCUGCACAACCCCAAUGAUCCAGUUGUGAGCAACGUGAAGAAGAUGGUAGAACUUGAAUCUUUCAGGCCAGUCUUCCUCAUUGCAGCGUUGUUCCCCUUCACCAUCCCCCUGAUGGAGAAAAUGAGUAUUACUAUGUUCCCCACAUCUGCGCUUGAUUUUUUCUUUGCCUUCACGCGGAAGAUCAAGGCUGACCGAGUGGCCAAAGACCACAAGAGGAGAGUGGACUUUCUGCAGGUAAUGGUGGAUUCUCAAACACCAGAGAAAAUUGAAGCCAAACAAGAUCUGAAUGAUCAUGAGGUUUUAUGUCAGGCCGUCUCCCUCAUCUUUGGUGGUUAUGAGACGAGUAGCAACACGCUGACCUUCUUCUUCUACAACAUGGCCACCAACCCAGAAACGAUGAAGAAACUUCAGGAAGAGAUCGACCAGACCUUCCCAGAUAAGGCUCCACUUCAAUACGAUGCAGUGAUAAAUAUGGAAUAUUUGGAUGCUGCCCUGAAUGAAUCGAUGAGGUUGUACCCCGUUAUGCCACGGAUUGACAGAGUUGCCAAGAAAACCGUCGAGAUUAACGGCCUCAUUAUACCCAAAGGAACCGACGUCAUGAUCCCCAUAUAUCCCCUCCACAGAGACCCUGAAUACUGGCCUGACCCGGAUACCUUCAACCCUGAGAGGUUCACUAAGGAGAACAAGGGGAGUAUGGACCCCUAUGUGUUCAUGCCUUUUGGUGGCGGACCCAGAGGCUGUGUCGGAAUGAGGUUUGCUCUUGUGUUCGUUAAGCUGGCCAUCGUAGAGGUACUGAGGAGAUUUGAUGUCAACAUGUGUGAAGACACAAAGGUUCCGUUGGAGAUGGGUGUCGGUAAUUUCCUGGUUCCAAAAGACCCCGUCAUACUCAAAUUCGCCCCUCGAGCUAACUCCAGAUCAGACGACGUCGGCAACAACUGCUCUAAAUCACAAUGAGAUGUGACUAACAUAGCAGUUCUGUUCUGUUGAUUUUUGAGUAGUUAUUGAUGGACACUACUGUCCCUCUGUGCAAUGUGGAGAUGAUGAUGUAGAGGAGCUACUCAAGGUGGGAAAAUCUAGAGAGCAUAAACAGCUGAACUGAAAGUUAGUUGGCUGGCAAACAUCAGUGUUCUUCUCAAAGACACAGGAUACAAAGAAAAAACUAAAUCAAACAUAAUAAUUCAUACAUAACAAUAAUUGUUUCUUUAAAAUCAGUGAUGGUUCCACAAAAUGGUCGCGUUGCAACCUUAUGUUUUCAUUUACAAAAUCUGCCAAAAUCUUCCCUGCUAAAGAAAUCUUCAUAGAUCACCAGUAAAACCAGCAAAAGCUUUGUUUUGGAUGCUGUUUUGUUGGUCAACCACCAUGACCUUGCUGGGUCACCACCAAGAUCAGAACUAGACCACCAUAAACCAGCAUGAAAUUCAUGCUAGUCUGGGUUGAUCUUGGUAUAAUCAGCUCACUGAAAAUGUGGCUACUAUUGCUUCACUUAUUGCUGUAAUUUUUUUUCCAGAUUACUCUGGAUUGUACAUAGAAAUCCUAGAGACACUAACAGACCAGGCAGUGGCAAAUAAUAGUAAUACUAUAUCAUUCUAUUUAUAUAUCACCGUUUUCAUGACAACAUCAGCUCAAGGUGCUCACGCCUGUACUCUGCUCUGCCUUCCCGCCAACUGGAAGUUCUGCUCGGAAUACCGAUUGAAUGUGGCUGCUUAACCGUUGUGAUCCUGCACUGCACAACAACUGAGUGAGUGUGGCUGCUUCCACUGUUGCUGUUUAUAUGUACUCUCCUAUUCUAUGAUGCUUUCAUUACUUGCCUUGACGUUGCUGUUAAGUCCUCCUGGCCUUGUGCACAGUCUGUACUGCUCAGCGCCUCCUUACUGUCCUCAGCUCUUAUCCUAUACGGCUAAUGAACUGCGCAAAUUGAACAAUAUCUACCACCUCCCUAAAGCCACUGCUGUUUCUGCCAGUAGAGCUGGAAUACUACGCCGUCGCCACUAUGUCCACCGUGGCUCAGGACAACACCGCAACAGAACUAUCCACCGCUCUGAUGGCACUAAUAUACCCUCACUCUGGUCCACAUCUCGCCCAUUGGUACUCUCUAACCUGCGGAACUUGCGCCGUCUCCCUCCCACUUCUCCUGGUACCACUUUCGGGUUGCUGAACGUUCGCUCCCUGUCCAACAAAUCAUCAGUGCUGCAGGAGCUUAUACUGGACAGCUGUAUUGACAUACUUUUCCUAACUGAAACCUGGCAACAAGCCGGUGAUUUCUAUGCUCUUAAUCAGGCGACCCCACCUCAUUUCAAAUAUAUCUGCAAACCUCGUUCGUCUGGAAGAGGAGGUGGUCUAGCUGUGAUUUUCAAUACUAAAGUCAACAUCACAGAAGUUUACUUUACAGCUCCCACUUCUUUUGAAUAUAUUGCUCUUAAAUGACCUGGCUCUGUUAUUACACUGUUACUUCACUGUCCCCCAAAACCUAAUGGUUCAUUCCUUUCCGAAUUAUCAGAGUUACUCACACUGGCCUGUUCAGUUUCUCACUGCCUGCUGCUAGUUGGCGAUUUCAAUAUCCAUGUAAACUCUCAUUACUGUAAAUAUACUGAGGACUUUACUGCAAUUCCUGACCGCUUCCAUGUUGCGCAGCAUGUAAAUUUUCCCACCCAUGACAAAGGUCACACCCUCCACUUAGUCUGUUCUUCCUCCUUGUCUCUUAUUAAUCCACAUCCUCUGCUGUCCCUGCUCUCUGACCACAAGCUGAUUCUGUUCACUGCUCCUCUGGCUGAGCCCCGUCAAUCCACUCAAAAGGGUAUUUCCUUCUGUAAAACUCAGUCUGUCGUUCCUCUCCGUCUUAUCCAGUCCAUUUCUUCUGCCUUUCCUGUUGACUCUGCUCCUUCUUCUCCUGAAGCUCAUGCUAUGUUGUUAAAUGAGGCUCUCUCUGAGUCUCUAAAUGCACUAGCUCCUCUUUGUCCACUCCUGCUCCAUGGUACACUGGUGAGCUCCGUAAUAUGAAGCAGGUUGGUCGCCGUCUGGAGCGACUUUAUAAGAAGUCGAAGCUCACUGUUCAUGGUGAGGCUUAUAAACAACACAUAUCUACCUACAGAGAUGCCUUGCGUACUACUAAGUCAACUUAUCUUUCUAGCCUCAUUAAGAAUCAACACAGCACAACCUCCCGUCAUCUCUUCUCUACAGUCACCAAGCUUUUUAAACCCCCUGAUGCCAUUGUAGCUGCUUCUUCUGAACUUUGCAACACAUUCUUACAUUUCUUUGAAUCUAAAAUUGCAAACAUUAAUAGCUCCCUGGCAACCUCUACUGCUGAUAUCCCUUUUUGAUCUUCUCCUUCUACUCUUCCUCCUGGCUAUAAACCAUUCUCUUCCUCUCUUUCUGCCUUUAACAUUGUCAACUCUUCCUUCAUUGCUAACAUCAUAACUACUACCAAGAACACAACCUGCUCUCUUGAUCCUACAACCUUAACUAAAGCUAGUCUACCUAUCCUGGUCCCUCACCUCACCAUCCUUAUUAAUCAGUCAUUGCUCCUAGGCCAGGUUCCUUCAAUCUAUAAGAUUGCCGCAGUAACACCCAUCCUUAAAAAACAGGCCUUGACUCAUCUGACCUAAAUAAUUACCGUCCUAUCUCUAACCUUCCCUUUCUGUCCAAAGUUCUUGAACGAACUGUUGCCAGUCAGCUGCUAGUACCUAACAUCUAAUAAUCUCUUUGAACCUUUCCAGUCUGUUUUCCAUCCAUUCCACAGCACUGAAACAGCUCUAAUUAAGGUCACUAAUGAUCUCCUUGUGUCUGCAGAUGCUGGUGCUUUAAACAUCUUGUUACUGCUUGACCUAAGUGCAGCCUUUGACACAGUGAGUCAUUCCAUUCGCCUGUCAAGGCUGCAUGAACUGGGCAUUGAUGGUUCUGCCCUGGACUGGUUUACAUCCUACCUGACCAAUAGGCAGCAGUUUAUCACCCUCUCUGGUCUCUUACUUCCUCUACCUCUGCCGUCUCUCAAGGGGUCUCACAAGGAUCCGUCCUUGGACCUCUCCUUUUCAUUGUAUAUAUCCUUCCCCUUGGUCACAUACUACGUCAAUGCAAUCUUGAUUUUGCAGACGACACCCAGAUUUACCUCAACACCAAAUCAUUUCAUAAUCCACCCCUCUCUCACUUAGAAACCUGCUUAUCUGAAAUCAAGAGCUGGAUGAAACAUAACUUUAUGUUAAAUAGUGGCAAAACAGAACUCAUUCUCAUUGGAUCCAAAUCCACCCUCACGAAAACUCCACCUCUCAUACUUUACAUCGAUGAUGUAGUUAUCUCUCCUCCCCCACUGAUCCGAAAUAUGGGGGUCAUCCUUGAUUCAACGCUCUCGUUCACUGCUCUUAUUAACUCCAUUGUCAAAAUUUCAUUUUUCCAUCUGCGCAAUAUUGCCAAAACCAGAUCAUCCCUCUCUCGGUCAGCUGCAGGAAUCCUUAUCCAUGCUUUCAUUUCCAGCCGUCUCGACUAUUGUAAGUCUCUUCUAGCGGGAAUCAGCUCUUCCUCCACUCACAAACUUCAAAUGGUUCAGAACUCUACCGCCCGUCUCCUCACCCACAUCACCACAUCACCCCUGUUCUCCAACGUCUCCCCUGGCUUCCUGUGAAAUAUCGCAUACAAAAGUCUUCUGCUCACCUUUAAAGCUCUUAAAAAUCUAACCCCUUCUUACCUGUCUGAUCUUCUUCACUAUAAACCCUCUCGCUCUCUCAGGACGUCUUCAGCUGGACUUACCGUCCCUCCAUCUAACCUCCAAGGCUUUGGUGACCGAGCCUUCUCCAGAUCUGCCCCUCGACUCUGGAACUCUCUUCCACUACUGGUCAGACAAUCCAGUUCACUCUCCGUAUUCAAGUCUAACCUGAAAUCUUAUCUCUUCGCACUCGCCUAUAACCUCCCUCAUGCCUUCAGAUUCUGACCCUGUCAAUACCCAGCAUUGCUGAUAUAACUGGUCUGCCCCUCCACACUCAUCACCUGCCCUCAGUCUGCUCUGCUCCUUCAUGUGACCCCCCAUACACUGCCUUGACUCUUUGUAUUAUUGUGCUCUUGCUGUCUGUGUUAAUUAUGUUAUCUAUGUACUUUGAAUUGUAAGCGUCUUUGGGUCCUUGAUAAAGCGCGAUAUAAAAAUAAAGAAUUAUUUUUAUUAUUAAAUCAAAGGUACCCUGACUUGACUGGCAUGUAGUAAUGCAACAAGACUCAAGCUCGGUGAUCUGUAUUCCAACAUGCUAACAGACAGAAUACAAAAAGCACCCUUAGCUCGUACAGCUCGCUUUCAAUGCUGAGAACAGCGAGUCUAGAACGUUGUGCUUCUCAAGUAGUUUAAAUAUUAAGUGCUGUAGCCACGUCUGUCACUCUAGACGGAAUUGAGGAAUGCCUCACAAGCAAAAGCUCAGUCAGGCCCUUAAUAUAUAUAUAUAUUUUACUACUUUGCCAUUAUUAAUUGUAUAUAUUGAUACCACAGCAUCGCCUACCACGGUUGAUUUCAUGCACUGUAUAUCGCUGCUGUCGGAACAAAACCUCGUAUCUCCAUUUUCAUCAUUUUUCAGUUUUUAUCAUAAUUUCAAAACGGCUGUUGCCCUUUAUGUUGUGUGUCAUUUUCAUGAGGAAUGGACCAAAA